AUGGAUCCCCCGGAACACUCAGCCGACGGCAGCUUUCCGCCGACGAAGAGAAAACUACAGCUACAGGGUCCCCGUCCGCCACAGCUCCAAGUCAGGAAAGAGUCCCACGCCAUCAAGAAGCCGCCCAUCGCCCCGCAUCGCCAGCAUCCGCAGCCGCACGAGGCCGCCGCCGCAGAGACCCACCAGCCCCUUAUCAUCUACGCCGUAUCCCCCAAAAUCAUCCACGCCACCGCCACCGACUUCAUGUCCUUGGUCCAACGCCUCACCGGCCCCUCAUCCGGCGACGUCUCCCCAGCGGCGAGGUUGGCUUCGAUCGAGAGGACGAGCCCCAAGGAUCAGCGAGAGAGGGAUAGAGGUGAAUUGGCUAAUAUUGAUGUUAUGGUCACCGCUGACGACGAAGUAGAAGUGGGUAAGAAUCCUGGGAUCCUUUCACCGGGGCCGGCCAGCCUGCCGCCCAUCCCGCCGGGGCUCUUCUCGCCGGAAUCCUUCAACCACAACGGGAAUUCACUGUUGCACGAUCUUAGCCCAAGCCAAAGCCCAUUCAAUCUUUGGAACAACGUGUUCUUGCCGAGUCCUAAUUCCAACUUGUUUUGGACUCCUAUGGUUUCACCCUCCCCCUCAUCAUUUGAUCUUCUCAACCGGCUUUUUGACUUUUAG